AUGAAUCGACAUCUGGUGCUGUCGUGUGUUUGUGGCAGCAGGGGAGAAUUGAGUCUGAACCUGACGUUUAACGACAGUGAGAACAAGAAGGAGAACUCUCGCCGCGCUCGUCCUUCACGUGGUUUUGUGUUUUCGUGGCAGCCCGUCGUGAAGAGCACAGAAGCAAAGGAGCCACAGGAGGAAGCUGCAGAGGUCAAAGGUCAGAAGAAGACGAAGAAUCAAAAGCUUCCGGAGAAAUCGGAAGCCGACCAAGCUGGAGACCAGAUCAGUUUACAGAACGGACGAGGACGAGGGAAGACGACGCCCGCUCAGAAGAAGAAGAGGAAGGCGCCGGACGCGGAGACCAGUGCGGAGCACUGGGUGAUGAAGAGGCACAAGCUGAAGGCCAGCAAAGAGGAGGAGGUGGUGAAGGAGAAGAGGACGGUGUUCGUCGGCAACCUGCCCAUCAGCUGCAGCAAGAAGACCCUGACGGCCCUCUUCAGAGACGAAGGAUCCAUCGAGUCCAUCCGCUUUCGCUCUGUGGUCCGAGAGGACCCCCUGAUGUCCCGUAAAGUGGCCGUCAUUCAGCGCAGAAUUCACCCCAAAACUCAAAGCUUGAACGCCUACGUGGUGUUCCACGACGAGGCCACGGUGGCCAAAGCGCUCGAGAGGUCCGAACGCAUGGAGAUCGAGAAGGACUUCCACAUCCGGGUGGACAGAGUGACGGAGGGGCCCUCGGGGGCCUCGCACGAUCACAAGCGCUCCGUCUUCGUGGGGAACCUUUCGUUCGAGAUUAAGGAGCUGGCUUUUCGGCGGCACUUUGAGGAGUGUGGCCCGGUGGACGCGAUGCGAUUGGUGCGGGACCAGAACUCUGGGCUGGGGAAAGGAUUCGGUUACAUCCUGUUUGAGUUCUCUGGAAACCAGCAGGCGGCGACCAAGAGCUCAAACUCCUUCAAGGGAGAAAUGGUGGAUCCAAACAAAAAGAGUCAGAAGAAAGGACAGAAGAAGAAGAAGAAACCCAGAACCAAGAGGGCCGUUCACAUCUGA